AUGCAACAACCCAAUCGGCUCGGGCUUGGUCUGCGGGCACCUUUGCCUUCGUAUGGCCAGGGACCAUCGAUAUCAGCCCUUGCUUACCAGCAGCAGGCUCAGAACCAGCCGCAAAAGCAGACGACACUUUUUGUUGGGUCCAUUUCGGGAGGAAUAACCGACACGACACUGAAUGCACUUCUCACCGCAUGUGGGCCAAUCAAGUCCUUUAAACGUCUUAUCACACCGGCCAACAAGCCUCAGGGCUUUGGCUUUGCAGAAUUCGAGGAACCCGAUGGGGCAUUGCGUGCUCUUGCAUUAUUAAAUGGUGUCGAACUUCCUGCUUUAGAGGACGGUUGUGCGAACAAGAAACUAUUGGUAGCCUCUAUCCUUCUUUUUGCCCUAACUCUGCUGAAAUCAUCCCCAGAUAAAAGCAGACGAAAAAACUCUCGCGCCUUUCUUGACGCUUAUGCAUCUACUCGGCCACUGGACCCUGCUGCUGCCCAGUCAUCCAAGUCAAGCAUCGAUGCAGUUGUCGCCGACAUAACUCGACAGGCUGCAGCUGGAGGAGAGAAGGAAAAGUACGUCAUCCCCCCACACCUUCACGACCUCCAAGAAGCCGACCUCCCUGAAACCCAACGCGGCCUUGUUAUUUCCGAGAUCGCUCAGUUUCGUGAACGUGCGGCAAAACGAGAACGAGAAAAACUGCGGGAACUACAACAACAAACACUGUCGAGUAUCACACCGAGUGGGCCGAAAAUGCGCGAGUGGGGUCGCCAAAAGGAUGAAGCCCUCCCACAGCAGCAGCAACAGCAGCAGAAAAGCAGUGCGCCAUCCAGAGAUCAGGGAAUGGGUACAGGGGCACAAAGUUAUAGCAAACCGGUGGAAUUUGUGCGUCAACAAGAGACAACGAAACGGGCAACGCCAACGGACGAGGAGUUGGAAGCGGAAAGGAAAGAGGGCCGUCGACGGGAUGAAGAGGCAUCUUUUCGAGACCGGGAAAGAAGAUAUGAACCACGUGAGCGCGCUCGAAUAAAUGCAUUAGAGCGUGCUAUAGCUCGGCAACGAAAUGUUGCCGAGGCAGAGGCUCGAGAUCGGAUAGAAAUGGGAUCACGUUUGGAUAACUGGGACGACGACGACAGUGACGAUUUCUUCUACACAGAUCGGGCCAGAUGGCGCUCUAUGCGGGCCCGACACUUGACGGCAGAACAAAGCGCUGAUGCAGCAAGUCUCGCGUUUGAACAAGAAGAAGCAGCAAAUCUUGCACGCGAGAGCGAAGACUUUCUUGCUCGGCAAAUGGGUGAAAUGCAAGCUUUGAUGGAAGAGCAGCGUCGGGCGGGAAUGCUACUUGAAGACGGGGCUCCUGUUAAGCUCAAUGUGUCAUUAGGCGCAUUGGUAGCUAAGAAGGACGAAGCAACAAAAGAACGGGAGGGUGUGUUUGGCGCGGAAGAGGAUGAGGAGGAAACAGUGCGGAAACGCAAAGUACCUCUGGUCAAACUGGACUUCAGUGCAGCAGAGGCUACGCCAGAAGAAAUACAGCAACGACUAGAAAGCAUCAAGGCCAACGUACCUUCAGACAAAGAUGUCCUGUUCAAAGCACCAGUUCGAUGGGACGGAAUGUCUGAUAGCACAAUUGACCGGAAGUUCGAGCCACUUGUGAAGAAACUGAUGACGCAAUACCUUGGCGAUGUGGAUGAGGCGGAGGAGCUAAUCAUGUUUGUGGUUGAACACUUGAAGGAUCACAAAGGGCCGGUCAAAUUGAUUGAGGGUCUUGAACCGGUUCUGGAGGAAGAGGCCGUGGCAGUCACAAUUGCGGUCUGGCGCCAAAUCAUCUUCGAAAGUGUGGCAUACUCAGAGGGACUACACACGGAACGAAUGUUCGUGGACUGA